AUGCCAGUUGCAACAAUUGAAACAAAAUCUGUAAAAAUUGAUGAUGAUUUAACUGAUUUAUCAUGGCUUAUACAAAUGAAUAAUAAUAAUAAUAAUAAUAAUAAUAAUAAUAAACAACCAUUUUCAAUAUCAAAUGGAUAUAAUCAUGAAAAUAGAAAUAAAAAAAUUGAACGAAUUAAUAAACCAUUUGCUGUUGUAAAUGGUCAAACAAUUCGUUCAUCAAUACCAACAUUUUCUCGUGAUCAUCAAUAUUCAAAUGAAGAAAAUCAAUUUUAUUCUCAACAAUCAUUAAAUAAUCAAACAAUGAAACGUAAAUUUGAUUCAACAUUAUCAUAUCAUCAUCAUCAUCAUCAACCAAAACGUUUUCAAUCCGAACAAACUCUUCCAAUACAUCCAAUAUCAUCAUUAUCAUCUGAAUCAUUCUAUAUUAAUCGUUCACCAUCUUGUAUACCACAACGAACAUCUAUGCCAACAACAUCACGAUAUAUGUUACUCAAAAAUGAUCCAUCACUUUCUGAUACAAUAUCAACUGUUCCUAUGUCGACAAAUUUAAAUGAAUCAAUGGAACAUAAAAAUAUUUAUUCUGAUGAUAUUGAACAUUUAUUAGAUAUAUUUAAAAAUGAAGUAGAAAUGAUUGGACUUGAUCCAAUAGCAACAACAAGUGCAGGUGAUUGUGCUAUUGAUUUCGGUCAUUGUUUACCAUCAAAUGAAUUUUGUCCUUAUUGA